UGGGAGCCAGAGAGGGUCCGGGUACGUGCGAGGAGAUGCGGCCAUAGUCACGCUGCACUGUCUAAAAUCAUAACCUGCUGGGAUCGUUAGUUUCGCAGCGCAUUAGAGUCGACUGAAAGCCUGUGGACGUGAGACAUCAUGAGUGAGCAGCAGAGGCAGCGCUCUCUGUCCACCGCGGGUGAGUCUCUCUACCAUGUGUUGGGAGUUGACAAGAUGGCCACGACGGAUGAUAUAAAGAGAUCUUACAGGAAACUGGCGUUAAAGUUCCACCCUGACAAGAAUCCCGACAAUCCAGAGGCCGCAGAUAAGUUCAAGGAGAUAAACAACGCCCACGCCAUCCUGAAUGACCCCACGAAGCGUAACAUUUACGAUAAAUAUGGCUCUCUAGGGCUAUAUGUGGCCGAGCAGUUUGGAGAGGAGAAUGUUAACACUUACUUUGUCCUUUCUAGCUGGUGGGCAAAGGCUCUGUUUGUAUUGUGUGGCCUGGCCACUGGCUGUUACUUCUGUUGCUGCCUGUGUUGCUGCUGUAACUGCUGCUGUGGAAGAUGUAAACCACGGCCUCGAGAGGGCCAGGAGCAGGACUUUUAUGUGUCCCCUGAGGACCUGGAGGCUCAGCUGCAAUCUGAUGAGAGAGAGGCUGGUGGUGAACCUAUAGUGCUGCAGCCGUCAGCGACAGAGACAACCCAGUUAACAUCAGAUGGGCACCACUCCUACCGCACCGACACCGGCUUCAACUAACCCUCCGUUCCCAUCGAUCCUGGCCUGCGGUCCUGCCUGCUUCCCUGCUCCACCUCAGUGAGAUGAACGAAAGGGGCAAAACAUCUUUCCACUUCAGAAAGAGAGCCAUGUGGAGGUGAAGGGGACUAGUAAGCAUGGCCCAUGAAAGGAACUAAUGAAUUCACAUCCCUUACACCUCCCUCCCUGAUCGGUCCGCUGCGUAUUUCCCCGCCAGUACGAGAAGAAAUCCCUUUUAUUUCUUCUUUUGUAUCUCUCAGCCUUUACUCACACAGGUCGCCUGCCCUACCUUACCUUUCCCAUAGUUUGCAUCAUGGUGUAGCAUGCACUGUUUGGAAAAAAAGGUCUCCACAUUUUCUUUAAUCCUUUGCAACAUUUUUACUUUGCAAAACCCAUCAUGCAGGUGCAGUUUUUUCAAAUGAGUGCAGUACAUGAGGAGGGGAUAAAGUUUACCAGAUGUUUUAUGCUAAAGGAACAGAGAGCCAUGGCUCAGGGAGGUGUUGGUUGGAGAAGUGCUUUCUGGCUUAGGUGUUCGGUGCCAUCAUAAAUAAUAAUAAUAAUAAUAAUAAUAAUAAUAAUGAUGCAUUGGAUUUAUAUAGCGCUUUUCAAGGCACCCAAAGCGCCCCAAGGCACCCAAACCUCCAAGAACUAAGUUUUCAUACAUAUUUACACUUUUCUCUUGUGAUUCGCAAUCGAUAUUCUUUCAGUUGAAAAUGCCACCUGCUGUUGUCAGACCUACAGCGUGGUCUUUAGUGUGCCCUCCACCAGAGUGUUUUUAAUGUCAAUCAUGAGGUCAUUAAGGCACAGAGCUUUAUUUGCAGACAGUUUGCUAUAAAUUUCUGCUGACGUUAGAGUUUCUGUUUUAGUUAGUAAUUAGCUUUGGCAUUUUCCUUCCUUCUGAAAGCCCCUCAUCGCAGGACAGACUACUUACCCCUGUUUUUCCUGCAGCACUGAGCAGGUUGUUAUAAUUGUUAUUUUACAUUAAUGCAUAUUGUCUUUUAAUGUAUUUUAAAUCAAAUAUGGCACAUUUCAACCCCAUGGUACAGUUCACUGUUGUUUCAUCAUAUCACCAGCUACAAAUUGACGAUGAUACUAGAUGCAUAAAUUUCAAAAAAAUAAAAAAUCAUAUAUAACCAAGACGUUCUCAUCUCAAGGAGUGAUAUAAUGUUGUUUUGUCAGAUGCCAUAAAUGUUUCCAGGUUAAACAUAAAAUGUCCUUUGGUGACAGUGCCUUAAUGCAGUGGCCAUAGUUAGUCCGUGAAAGUUAAUAGUCUGGUUUUAGACACCUAUGAAGUCUCUGUUAGGAGGCUGAAGCGGUGGUGGUGCAUAAGUUGUAGCUUUGUCAGGGAGGAGACCGUGGUUUGGUUCUUGUUUGAACUUAUGUGUCAUGGUUUACCAAGUUGAAAACCAAAAAGCAGAUUCAGAGAGUUUUAAUUUUAACAUAAAUGUCAGCAGUCCAACAGAGAGCAGCGAUUAGAGCACAGGGAGUCAGGUGAUGUCCAGCACAGGUAAAUCUGCUUAUCUCAUAGAGACGAGUGCACAGAGAAAGUCUGUAACUAAACUGGAGCACUGGAGAGAGCACUUUGGCAAUGAAUUCAUGUUAAAUGGGCUCUUUUAUGUGCAGGAGGUCAUGAGUUGACGGGAAACAGGUACACCAACCUGCCGCUCAGCAAACAGGGGAGAGGACACACCUCUAGCUUGCUCAUGCACGCAAUCCUACCAGGGACUGAGAGAGGCCAUUGCACUUUGUGUUUUUCCUCUUUUUAUUUGUGGUUUCACUCGGUUAGGUUUAAGCCCUAAAAACUGCUUGGUUGGCUUGAAGUAAAAUGCCUCCCUUUAAAAUAGUAGCCUUACAUGAUGAAGUUGGAAGUGACAGUUCUGUGUCACCAGUGCCAUAACCCGGUGCAUCAUGAGCUGCCACCAAAGGACACCUUGUGCAUAAAUGAGCCUCGGCUUUGACAAAACAACGUUAUCUGACACCCGACUAAUGAGAAUGGGCAGAUGAAACAAUAACAUUUCAAUAGAUUUUGUUUAUUUUACGAUGACACAUCCGGGCUCUUCUUCUAUUCUGUUUUCCUGUCCUUACUUAAGAUUUGUACUAAUAGUAAAACUAUUUUUUAGAGCUACUGCAGCUCACUAAGACUGAGAGACAUUUAUUUUAUGUUAGUUUUAUUUUUCUGCUACAUGAAGCCAAGGAGCUCCAGGUAAUCCAGCUGGCUCUGAUGAGAACUGCUAAAAGGUAGAAAUAACCGAUAUUUAUCAGCAGCAGUGCUGGUUAGGAGGGUGACAUGUUUUUAACUUUAGAUAAGAAGAUUUAGGGAAAAAAAACAUGUUACACUCUUCAGAGUUAUUAUAAAAAAAAGGUGAGAACAGAAUAUCAGCAUGGAGGAUUUUUAUUUUCAACUCAUUCCUGUGUUUUGAACUGUCCGAUGACUUUGAUAUUUUGUCCGAUGCUGUGUGAUCGUUCCUCAUUGUUGACUUUUCUGAAUCCAUGUAGAGAAAGAUGCUCAUCAGGCAUAUCAUCUGUGAGCCAGUGCUACAGGCAGCUCAGAGUAAAAGAAUUUUACAUACUACUGAAUUUGCAUAUAUUGCCACACAUUUUUGCCAUAAAUCGCCAUGAACAUCUUCGCCACUUUGUCAGUUUCAUGACUGCUAAUGAUGUGUUUUUAAUGGUUUACAAUUGGUGAGCUCCCGUUGCCCACCCUCUGCUAUUAACGGUAUGGAUGUUGACCUCUGUGGCCCUUGUAUGAUGUUUCCUGUAACCCUUGAUGAAACGUAGAUGUUCCUGUCAUGGCUUUUUCAUUGAGAUACUGAAAAAUGCUACUGUAAAUGUUCUAAGUUGAAUGCACUGUGUGUUUAAAAAAAUUAUAAUGGAUCAAUGAUCAGGAAAUGACUCCAUAAAAAGACAAUAUAGUAUAUAGUGUAACUAUAGUGAAAUGGUUAUAUGAUGCAUUUUUGGAAUUUUAUUUAUUUCAUACUUGGUCACGUUUUAGAUGAUGAUCGAUUAUGAUUUUAACUGGUAUGGUGUUGUAAUGUAGCCAUUAAAUUUUGCAAGGAAUGGUUUAAUGGUUAAGGUCGCUUGUACAUACACUUGGCCCAUAUAAAGUAUAAACCUUAACAUUUAUGUUGUAGCAUGGUAACUGUGUGUCUGGAAGAAAACAAGUGGAUCAUUGAUCUCAUUUGCUCUUGUUGAAUA